AUGCACAAGCAUGAAGCAUCUGAAUUAGAAAAAUCUGAGCCAGUUAAGAUAGAAAAAGCACAGGCAUCCGAAUUAGAAAAAUCUGAGCCAGUUAAGAUAGAAGAAAAGAGUGAAGAAUUAGUCAAAAUAGAAACACCCAAAUUGG